AUGAAGCUACGUGGUGUGGUUCGAGGGACCAAGCUGCCAGCUGGACAGCACACCAUUGGUACCAAGUGGGUGUUUAAGAUCAAGCGCGAGGCUGAUGAAUCGAUUGAAAAGUACAAGGCGCGUCUCGUGGCAUAA